AUGACCCCUCAAGACUGUAUCGAGCAAUUCGUAACCCAACAUCCUAUUGAAGCUGCGACUCUCCUGGGCGGAUUAACCGUCACCGCUGCCCCGAUAGCUGUUGCUGUCCCCUUCUUGGGCGCACUUGGCUUUGGGGCUGGUGGCGUGGCAUCUGGCUCUUUGGCUGCAGCCGCCCAAGCGAGUUUAAGCCCAAUUGUGGAAAAGGGCAUGAUGGCCAUUCUACAGAGCGCGGGAGUUGGAGUGAUGGGGAUGGCCGCCGCGAGGGCAGCUCUACAAGCUACUGGGGGAGCGGUGACUGCAGGGCCCGUAUACACGCUUCUGCAGUGCUUGAGCGGCAAUGCCAUGACAACAUGA